AUGGCAUGGGAGAAGAUAGCAGAAGAUAAGAAAGCGCGCAUUGCGGCAUCCAUUCCUCCAGAAUGGCGUCUCAAAUCAGCACCAACAGAAGUUUCUGUAAUGGACUAUCCCAAGGAGAGUGGCAUCAUGACUGCUGAGGAACUAGCAAUUACAGAGUCUUCUGCUACCGAUUUGGUUACGAAGAUGGCCGAGGGUCAGUUGACUUCCGUUGCGGUUACGACUGCAUUUUGCAAAAGAGCUGCUCUAGCUACUCAACUAACCAAUUGCACUCUCGAGUUCUUCCCUGAAAUGGCCUUAGCACGUGCAAAAGAACUCGAUGAAUCGUUCAAGAAGACAGGAAAAGUGGUUGGCCCUCUUCACGGGCUCCCAAUCUCUCUUAAAGACCAAUUCAGAAUCAAGGGAUUAGAAACAUCUAUGGGAUACGUUGCGUGGGUUGGAAAGGUUGACAAGGUCGAUUCAGUCCUCGUUACACUCCUCUUGAAAGCCGGAGCCGUCUUCUACGUCAAGACAAGUGUUCCACAGAGUUUAAUGGUUUGUGAAACUAUUAACAAUGUAAUUGGCCGCACUGUAAAUCCAAGGAACAAAAACUGGUCUUGUGGGGGUUCGUCCGGAGGUGAAGGUGCGAUGAUCGCGUUUAGAGGGGGGAUCAUUGGAGUUGGGACUGAUAUUGGUGGAUCUAUUCGAGUCCCAUCGGCAUUCAACUUCCUUUACGGCUUGCGACCUAGUCAUGGCCGUCUGCCAUACGCAAAGAUGGCAAAUAGCAUGCAAGGCCAAGAGACUGUUCACAGUGUCUGUGGCCCUCUGACACACUCGGUUAAAGGUAUUUAUCUCAAGUUGCAGAAGUUCGUAGCUGAUAGAACAUAG